UUUACGCAGCCCUGUUUGUUUACCUGCUUGCGCAUUAAAAUAAUACAUACUUUUAAAAGAAUUUCGUUCGCGCCCAUUAAGAAAUCAGCAGUUUGGCACUGUUGCUAUAGCUAACCAAUAUGAUUAGUAUUAACAAAAAACUUUCUGCCUGUUUAAAUGUUGUUAAGAAAUACGAAUGGUUAUUGGACGCUUAUGUGUUGGACUUUUAUGUGGAUGACCACUGGAGCAAACUACCACAAAGCUGGCGAGAACAAUUGGAAGACCUAACCGUAGAACACCUGAGCGAGCUACUGCAACACAGUGAUGGCGUUGCACGUGUUUUAUGGCCUUUGGAACUGCUGGCACUACGGCAAGUGCUGCGGGCGCUAUGCAUCAGAAGAAGUCCAACGAAGCACAUCGAUGUUACAUUGCCAUCAUGCCCGCUUCUGGAGCACCGUAAACUGAAGCACAUGUUCAUGAAGUGUGUGAAGCCGAAAAAAUCGCAUGAAAUCAAAAGGAUGGCUGCAAUUUGUGCGAGGAGCUGCCGAGAGACCUCAAUUUCGUUUGUCGUUGACUUUGGGGCCGGCGUAGGACACUUGGCGCGCGUACUGGGCUACGGCUAUGGCAUCAAUGUGUGUUGUCUUGAAAUGCAGGCAGCUCUCAAUGUACAAGCACUGGAAAUCGAUGCUAAGCUGGAGAGCAUGGCUGCAAAACACUUAGAUACCUGCGAAACAGUCCACUUUAAACGACCUGCGCAUCUCACUCAACGCCUAAGCAGCGACACAACGCCAGAACAGUUCAUCGAGAGUAUUCGACAGGCAUUCCAAUUGUCGGACUCUAAUUUCAGUUUUGGGAUCAUUGGGCUGCAUCCAUGUGGUGAUCUGAGCGGCACACUAAUGCGCAUGUUUUUAAGUUGUAAACAAGCCAAAUUUUUAAGUUUCGUGGGCUGCUGCUAUCAAAAGAUGAGCACACGAGCAACGCACCCACAAAUGAAGCUGCAUGGUUAUCCACUUAGCUCACAGCUGCAGGGCGCUGACAACUCUCAACUUAGCUAUGAGGCACGUGAAAUCGCUUGCCAUGCCAUGGAAUUGUACAACAGCCGCCUUCAAUCUGGGGACUAUGAAUAUCUGAAGAUUCAUUCCCUACGCGCAGCUGCCGAACGUAUUAUUGCUCAACAUUUGCCCGACUUAAGACAUUCGGCGUUGCGCAAUGUGAAACACGUGCCUGGCAUGAGCUUCAACGACUAUUUUCAAAAAGCUAUUGAAGGCACGCAGUUUGCCUCACUACAGGCAACGAAUCCAGGCCAAAUCGAAGCAGACCUUUUGCAUUGGCGUCGUAUCGUCUGUUUUUAUACCCUACGGCUUAUGCUAGCACCCUUAGUGGAAACCAUUAUUCUGUAUGAUCGCGCUUUGUUUCUUCUAGAGAAUGGCUGUCAAGUAACCAUCGAAUCAAUUUUCAAUCCUCGCAUUUCACCAAGAAAUCAUAUAACGAGCGCCAUAAAGAGCUGACGUA